AUGACGGCUGUCUGUAGUCCCUACAAGCGUUCAGGGGGGCGUGGUUGGAACUGCUACAGUAGGGGUGGACAACCGACGACCGUAACAGCUGCAGUAACCACUGCUCCUAACACCGUCACCACUGCAUCAAGUGUGUCGCUGUUACAGAACAGUAUCCUAGCGACAAGUGUCGCUACCUCGUCCAGCACCGUCCCUAUCUACUCAACGACAGCGACGCUCGGCCUGUCACCGCCUGGUCUGCGCAUGCCAUCACCCAGCAGCAUCUCCCAGUCUCUCGGACUGGGCACCACUCUGGCCUCCAACAUAACAGGGCUAGGUGGACCUCUUUCGGGAGAGAUAUCCCCACAUGGACCGGUGCCCGACGCACAUCCCACCCUAUCUCCAGCCCAGCAACUUGAUCAGUCCAUAUGCUGA